AUGCUUGGUGAUGGUGAGGCCGCGGAUCGUAUUAUUGUGUGGCAGAUUCGCCUGCCUCGUGCACUGGCUGCGAUGUUUGUGGGUGCCGGGUUGGGAAUGAGUGGCGCUGCAUUACAGGGUCUGCUGCGUAACCCGUUGGCAGAGCCUGGCGUGCUAGGUGUCUCAGCCUCAGCUGCACUGGCAGCAACUGUGGUCAUCUAUUAUGGAUUUGUUCAACUCAGCGCCUUAAUGCUGCCUGUCGCAGCGAUUGCUGGCGCCUUAGUUGCUACGGGGCUGAUCGCAGCGGCAGCGCUCGCAUCUGCUUCUGCGGUAACGCUGAUACUCAUUGGGGUGGGUUUGUCGAGUUUUGCUGCGGCGUUGAUGUCGUUGCUGAUGAAUUUUGCGCCCCAUCCUUUUACGCUCGCAGAUAUGAUCAACUGGAUGCUGGGUUCGGUUGCCAAUCGUAGUUACGCGGAUCUGCAGCUUUCUCUGCCUUUUCUACUCAUAGGGAUGAUGGUGUUGUGGGUGAGCAGGCGCGGACUUUCAGUCCUGUCUUUAGGUGAAGAGGCUGCCCGCGGAAUUGGUCUGAACCUUCGUCGCCAGCGCCUGCUGGUUGUCACCGGUGCGGGUAUUGCCACCGGUGCAGCGGUGGCUUUAGCGGGUGCCAUUGGUUUUGUUGGUAUUGUUGCACCUCAUAUCGUACGCCCCUGGGUAGGGUUUGACCCGGCGCGCACACUUUUUCCCAGUGCGCUGUUAGGUGGUUUGUUACUGGUGCUGGCCGAUAUCAUUCUAAGACUGUUGCCUACCACCGGAGAGUUGAAGCUCGGUGUUGUCGCAGCGCUGUUGGGCGCCCCGGUAUUUAUCUGGAUCGCCUUUCACCGCAGCGGCCUGGUUGUUGAAGCUCAUGGUGUACGUUUACUGCACAACAUUGAUGCCGGUUUUCGGCAGGGUGAACUGGUCGCGGUGCUUGGACCCAACGGCGCGGGCAAGACCACGCUGUUACGGUCAUUGUUAGGUCUGCAGAAGUUAAGCAGAGGAAGUGUGCAGCUUGAUGGCCAGCCGAUCUCAAAAUUUAAUGACCUCAGUCGUGCUGUGCGCGUGAGCUAUCUGCCUCAACAACGUGAACUGGUCUGGCCGAAUCAGGUGGACGAUGUUGUUGCCCUUGGACGUUAUGCGCACGGGACAUCUGGCGGAAGGUUGAACGCGCAGGAUGUAUCCGCGGUUGAAGAAGCGAUUGCCAGCUGCGCGCUGGAGGAUUUAAGAAGCCGUAGACUGGAUACACUCUCUGGUGGUGAAUUGGCACGGGUUCACUGCGCUCGAGUCUUCGCGACACAGUCUCCUCUUGUUGUGGCGGAUGAACCUAUCGCCGGUCUGGAUCUGUACCACCAGCACCGCCUGAUGGCGCUGUUUCGUGAAGCGGCUGAUCAAGGGCGUGGCGUGCUGCUUGUAUUGCACGAUGUCAAUCUUGCUCUCAGUUAUGCUGACCGGAUUAUCUGGGUGAAUGAGGGUGUUGUUGUGGGUGAGCAUCAACCUCAUGAAGUGACAGCGGCUUUUAUCGCAGACCUUUUUUCUGUCGAGGCAUCCGUCGUUCAGUUCGAUAACCGCGCGCACAUAUUGACAUCCGGCCAUGCCGGUAAGUCUUCAACGUCACGACAGUGGGUAAAUCUGAACGGUUUCUGGCAAUACGCGAUAACGUCAAAAACACUUGGCUGCCCGUCGAAGUGGGAUGGCGAGAUACGCGUACCGUUUUGUGUUGAGAGCCUGUUAUCCGAAGUUCAGCAAUCCGUUAAUGAAAAUCAACGGCUCUGGUACCGCCGCCAGUUUCAGAUUGAGGCGCUCUCCCAGCGAACGCUGUUACAUUUCGGUGCAGUCGAUUACGAAUGUUCCAUUUGGAUCAAUGGCGGACUGGUUGGUGGACAUGUUGGUGGUUCAACGGCCUUCUCGUUAGAUAUCUCUGAGUUUCUUGUUGCGGGUAUUAAUGAACUUGUUGUGGCGGUGACUGACCCGACCAGCGCAUCUGAUCAACCGCGAGGAAAGCAGCACCUGAAUCCUAACGGCAUCUGGUACACGCCUGUAACAGGCAUCUGGCAAACCGUCUGGAUGGAACAGGUUCCGCUGGCGCAUCAUAUCGAAGCUCUGAAGGUCACGCCUGCUGAGCAGUGUGACGCCGUGGAAGUGGUUGCUUUUCUGCAUCGGCCCAGUCGCAAUCCCCGUCUGGCCGUGGAAUACACUGUCCGAUUACAUGGGCAAGUGGUUGCUAGAACUGUGGGUCGCGCCAAUCGGAAAGUUGUUGUUGCGUUGCCUGAUGCUCAGCUGUGGUCACCGGAGAACCCCGUACUCUAUGACUUAAACGUCCGUCUGAUCCCUGUAAUCAAUCCAUUGCCUGAGAAGAACGAUGAGCAGCAGCCUGCUCAAUUGAUUCGGGACACGCCAUUGCGAGGCUGCGUCGAAGCAUCACUGUAUGUGGGAGCCCAAGUCUCCGGAGAAGUGAUUGAUGAGGUCGACAGUUACUUCGGUAUGCGUUGGGUUUCUGUGGGUCCCCACCCGACAGGGGGGCAGCCGACCAUGCUUCUGAAUGACAAGCCAUUGUUUCAUCUCGGCACGCUUGAUCAGGGAUGGUGGCCUGAUGGGCUGCUCACGCCGCCCGGUGACGAUGCCAUUCUGUUUGAGUUGAAUUACCUGAAAGCUGCCGGUUUCAAUACCGUCCGCAAACACAUCAAAGUUGAGUCUGCGCGCUACUACUAUCACUGCGAUCGUCUUGGCUUGCUGGUCUGGCAGGAUAUGCCUUCUGGGUUUAUCCCCGCACAAUUUGUCGCCCCGAACGAUGAAGACGAAGAUCAAAGAUCACCACAUAGCAGCAUCCGGUUUACUAAUGAACUGCAGGAAAUGAUCCUGCAAUUGUCGCAUCACCCCAGCAUCGUUAUGUGGGUGUUACAUAAUGAAGGUUGGGGACAGUUUGAUACACAUCGACUGACGCAGAUUAUUCGCGGUCUUGAUGCGGCACGCUUGAUCAAUUCAAGCAGUGGCUGGUUAGAUGUCGGCGCAGGAGAUUUGAUCGAUAAACACGACUAUACGUCCGAACCCCUUCCGCCUGAAGCCGAUGGUCAGCGUGCGCUUGUGAUUGGCGAGUAUGGUGGCGUGGGUUGGCCGGUGGCAGGGCAUCUAUGGAAUCCUGAGAUGCGUAACUGGGGCUACCAGACCUUUCACUCUUCCGCAGAGGCUCAACAGGCUUAUAUCAAAGCGACAACAGCAGUCCUGCAGAUGCGUGAGGCCAACGGUUUGUCAGGUGCUAUUUACACCCAGACCAGCGAUGUUGAGGGUGAGGUGAAUGGAUUGCUCACUUAUGACCGGGUGCUUAAAAAAUUCGAUAGCGACUGGCUAAAGCGGAUCAAUACGGCAGGCGAUGGAUCAUGA